ACUGGUACUGUCAAGAUUAACACUUUUAGGUUAGGUUUAUGUGUUUAUUUUAUUAUUUUUUCCUGUUUCCUUUAAUUUAAGUUAUUUUUAACUAUGUUUAGACUAUAAAAUUCGAAAUGAAGGCUCUAAGGCGGUUCAUUAACGACAACAUAUACGUUUUUUUGGGAAUUUUGAUUGGUUUAUACGUUUCAAUACUAAUACAAGAACAAUUUGAUGUCGAAUGUAAGCACAAAAACGAUGUGCAAAGAAACGAGAGCAAUCAGCAGAUACUGUCGAAUUUUAACAAGAGUUUACCCAUAAUAAAUGUGCCAAAAAAAGGUACGGCAAGUGUUAAGAAAAAAAUUGUUCGGCCAAGAUAUUACUCUACUGAACUGGGCAUUAGAGAAAAAAUGUUUAUCGGCAUUUUUACCUCGGAGGAAAAAAUAAACUCACAGGCUGUACACAUCAACAAAACCAUAGGCCAUAUAGCCAAUAAAAUCAAGUUUUUUAUGACGGCACAGUAUAAGUUAAAAAACAAGUUCAAUCUGACAGGUUUAGUUGGUUUUACUGACUCUAGAACACGGUAUAGACCUUUCCAAGUCGUUAAAUAUGUUGGUGACAGUUUUGGGCAAGACUACGACUAUUAUUUCUUGGCAAACGAUUAUACAUAUAUUAACAUACAUAGAUUAAAUGAUUUAGUGAAAAAAAUCAGUGUAUCUAUGCAUGUAUAUUUAGGAACUAAGGUGCAAGACUCAAGUUACUGCAGUUUAGAUUCAGGAAUUUUAAUAAGUAAUUCUGUUUUAAAAGCAAUGAGAGAUCAUUUAGAUUGGUGCAUUAUUAAUACUGUGUCAGAUGAUCAUAGUGAAAAUUUCGGUAGAUGUGUAUACCACAGCAUAGGCCUUAAAUGUCAAGACAGUAUACAGGGUGUAUCAUGGCGUUCAUUUAAAAUAAGACAUUUUGAACUUAACGAACAUUUAUUGGACUUGACCCAGAAAGAAGAAUUUAAUAACGCCAUAACGGUCCAACCUGUGAUACAAGAUAAGGAUAUUUAUUUGUUAAACUCGUAUUUUUUAAGGCAAAGACUGGAAAAUAUUAAAAAAGAAACAGAUGAGAUUUCAAAAUCAUUAACUGAUCAAACAUGGCCACCUGGUCAAAGAAUUGGUGCCAAACCUGCUACAAGAUUUGAUGUGCCCAAACAAUACUAUUUCAAUAUGUCCCAUACAUUUUUCUAUGAUGAUUUUACUGUGUUAAAAAAGCAUACAGAACCUGAACUACAAGAUAUAGAGUAUAUUCUAGAAGAAAUAAAAGCCAAAGUUUACAGUAAAAACAGCGAAUUAACAUUUAAAACCCUCAUAAACGGCUAUAAAAAGUUUGAUCUAAGCAGAGGUCUAGACUACAUAUUUGACUUGGAGUUUAGGGACUCCAACACUGACAAAAAUAUAAUUAAAAGGUUUGAAGUUUGUAAACCACUGGGCAAUGUGGAAUUUCUGCAAGUUCCAUACGUCACUGAAACUUCAAGGGUUACAAUAUUGUUACCUAUUCAAGUAAAUCAAGUUCAAUUCGGUUUGGGCUUUCUUAAAGGUUACAUCAACAAUAUUAUGGAUAGAAAAGAGAAAACUUUUCUAAUGUUGGUGUUAUUGUAUCAGUAUACAAGUGAGGGUAAAGGCGAGCAUGAUAUUUUUAAUGAGGUUAAGAAUAUUGUAACAAAAACCUCGAAUAAAUAUAAAAAUGAUGAUGCCAAAAUAGCCUGGGUUUCUGUAAGGCUGCCUGAAAGUAAAAAACCCAUCUACACAGAAGAAUAUAAAUCUUUAAACUUUGCAAUUGUCGACUUGGCUUUAAAAAAAAUCGGGCUUGAAAGUCUCACUCUGGUUUUAGAUGUGUAUUGUAAUAUUACUGUGGAUUUUUUGAAUAGGGUUAGAAUGAAUACCAUUCAGAAUUUCCAGAUUUUUAACCCCAUACCGUUUAGGCAAUACAACCCUAAAAUAACUCAAAUAAACAAUCUGGAAGUUAAUAAAAAUAUAGGCCAUUUUGACAGAGAUCAAUACAAAUAUAUAUCAUUCUAUGGUAAUGAUUAUGUAUAUGCACGGAAAAAGUUCCAAAAUGUCAUCCCCCUGAUGCGAAUAGAUAACGACAUAUCCAAAAUCAUAGAUGAAGACACAAAAAACACCGGCAACAUCUUCGAAAUGUUUCUAAAACAUCACAAAACUCUACAUUGUAUGCGAGCGACUGAAAUGAAUCUCAAAGUGAUUUACCAUGACGAAACCCAAUUGCAAAGCAAGAAUUUGUUCUUGGGAAACAAUGCGCAAUUAGCCAAAAUAAUACUAAACAAAAAAGAGCUUUAAUUUUUGUAUAUUUAUAAGAUUUUUUAAUAAAAUUUUGUUGAUAAUUGG